CUUAUUGGCUUUCUACUGCCUGUCUGGCAGCACCCUCCCACUCCCAUCUUCUGGCCCUCCUGCUCCUGGGACCUCUUCUCCUCCUGUGAUAUCUUAUAAAGCGACCUGGCCUUUCUGGCUGCCUUAGGAGAGCAGACAUUCCGGGGUCAUCUCUCACCCUCCUCAGCUUAGUCCACCUGGAGUGCUGCUCCUCACUGACCCCCACCCCUCCUCCGCCCUCCACCCCUCAUCUCUCCACCCUCGAGAUAAGCUGCUCAAGCCACAGCUUUUUGAGAGCCAGAGCCUUUCUGGAGCCUGUCUUGCAAGGUGGGUUGUCGUUUCAGCACAAGGGGUGGGGAAGCAAAAUACCAGGAGGAGGAGGAAGCCGUGAAGCCGUGGGGGAGUUUCUGAGUCAGAGAAGGAACGGUGCUCUGCCAAGCAGGCAGUAAGGCCACUCAGUCCACUGGGGAAGCCCAAGCCAUUAACAAGGUAAGAAGAGAGUUCCUCAGGAUGCAGCUACCAAGUAGGACAGACAUUAUCCCAAGGUCGCAGGAUCCAGGUAUCAGAUAGCAUCUGACAUCCAAGAUGGAAUGGAUUCUGAACCCUACAGGAAGAGGUUAGGGGGAUCGGGGAGUGUGAAUCAGACUCUGAAUCACCAAGGGAAUCUUCUAGAAAAAGAAACACAAGCUGCUUACCAGAAGCCCUACCCAGCCAGCUCUGAAAAGUGGGUAGGACUGUUGUGAUGUAGCCCGAGUGAUUCUGACCUCCAGGCCUGCUUCCCUCCUGCUCGCUGCUGCAUGGGAGAUAGGAGACGGAAGCUGCAGAUUUGGUCUGGCUUGCAGAGUGAAUUGUGGCCAUUAAUUAGAUCAAAUGAACAGAGCUAUUGCACCCAGACAGUCAAUCAAGCAAGCGUCAGUUGUUCGUUUUGAAAACUAGGGAAGUGGGGUCCAUGAGAUGGCUCAGGGGAUAAGGGUGCUUGCCAUCAAGCCUGAUGUUCUUAGUUCCAUUCCUGACAGAAGAUGGUUCAGUUUCCACACCUGUCCUCUGACCGCCACAUGCUACAUACAUACAAUGUGAAUUUAAACAACAGGGAUGUGGCCAGCCCUGUUUUGAAUGCCCAAUUGGGUCUAGUGGGAUUGUAUUUUAUAAUUGCCCCCCUUGAGGGCUUCUGGAAGUCCAGAAGUGACUAUAGGUAUGAAAUUUAAUGGCAUUUGUGGGGCCAGCCUAGCAACUGAGGUGGAGGAGACCUCUGCCUCAAAUGGCCUUGGAUAAGUCUGUUUCACUGGGGCUGAAUAAUUCCACAAAUAUAAAAUAAAAAUUCCUGGCCCCACAUUCCUUGAAGGCAGCAAGAGCCCCCCACAGAUACUGGUUCACUCAGACAUUCCCGGACAGGUGUUUCCCGCUCCAUGUGCCCAGCCCUGUCCGUGGACACCGAAGACAGCAUUGGUGAGGACCCAGGCUCCAUCUUUCUAGCACUCAAACGGCUCGAGUUUGUUCUUUGGAGUGUGGUAGCUAAGCGUGGAAUCCCGGCACUCAGGAGGCAGAAGCAGGAGGAUUGAGGUCUUCUACUUCCAAAGGAUGGCACUGCCUAAGAAAGGGAAGCUGCUGCUGUUCCUGGUUUCCCAGAUGUUAAUUGCUGCACUCUUCUUCCACACGUUGGGACAUAGGGGCUUUGUCCAGAACGAAGAAGAGUCCAGGAGGCCCGUGCAUGUGCUGGUCCUGUCUUCCUGGCGGUCAGGAUCCUCUUUUGUGGGGCAGGUUUUUGGGCAACACCCGGAUGUCUUCUACCUGAUGGAGCCUGCCUGGCACGUGUGGAUGAGUUUCACCAGCAGCACGGCCUGGAAGCUGCAGAUGGCUGCGCGGGAUCUUCUGCGUUCGGUCUUCCUGUGUGACAUGAGUGUCUUCGAUGCCUACAUGAAGCCAGGCCCCCGAAAACAGUCCAGCCUCUUCCAGUGGGAGCAAAGCCGGGCCCUGUGCUCGUCACCUGUCUGUGACUUCUUCUCUAGUGACCAGAUCAGCUCGCCUGAGCCUUGUAAGCGCCUCUGUUCUCAGCAGCCCUUUGAUAUGGUGGAGAAGGCCUGCGGCUCUCACAGUCACGUGGUACUCAAGGAGGUGCGCUUCUUCAACCUGCAGGCACUUUACCCACUUCUCACAGACCCUUCUCUCAACCUGCACAUCGUACACCUGAUCCGAGACCCCCGGGCUGUGUUCCGAUCUCGGGAACACACCAGAGGGGACCUCAUGAUUGAUAGUCACAUUGUGCUGGGGGACCAUUUGAAAGCGAUCAAGGAGGAAGACCACCCCUAUUAUACCAUGCAGAUCAUCUGCAAAAGUCACGUGGACAUAAUCAAGGCCAUCCAAGCCCUGCCUGAGGCUCUACAGCAACGCUUCCUGCUCCUGAGGUACGAGGACCUGGUUCGGGCACCGUUGGCCCAGACCUCCAGGCUAUACAAUUUUGUGGGGUUGAAAUUCUUACCCCAUCUCCAAACCUGGGUUCACAACGUCACCCGUGGCAAAAGUAUGAGUCAGCCUUCCUUUGCCACUAACGCCAGAAAUGCCCUGAACAUCUCCCAGGCAUGGCGUUGGUCAUUGCCUUAUGAAAAGGUUUCUCGACUUCAAGAUGUCUGUAGUGAGGCUAUGGAUUUGCUGGGCUACCUCCCAGCCAGAUCCAAACAAGAGCAAGGCGACCUGUUACUGGAUCUUUUGUCUUCUCCGAACACCUUGGGGCCACUCUAGUGAGAAGGCUUAGGAGACCUGUCUGUACCAGUUGGGUCCAGCCUCAGCCACCACAAAAUGAUCCCAGGCCUGAACAGUGUCAUGAGAUAAGCAAGCUGAGCAUCAGCUGUGCCUCCACAGGCCCAAGCAGAAGCCUUUGUGUCUAUACUGAGAUACACGCUACAUCUGAGCCUAAAGUCAAGAAUCUCCUUCUGUCUUUGAAAGACUCAGGGACCUUGAGCAGCCCCUCCAGCCCACCAAGCAAGACUGCCGUCUCUCUUCUCUCCUUGACCCUCCCACCCAUGCAUACCUCAGAGACUAUGGCCUGCAGGCCUACUAGACACACCAAGCAGCACCCUUGGAACAAGUCCAUAAACCUCCUGUUCACAUCUUCCCAACGAGAAGAGGAAGAACAAAAACCAGGGAAAUGGGGCUUUCACCAAAGAACUCCCAGCAACUUCCACAGAGACCCUCAGAUUCAAGGCAGCAGGCACAGGGGUGGUUGCUUACCUGUGAGUCUGCCUAUAGCACUGCCAGUUACCACAAACAGGCAGCAAACACCUUGCCCAAUAGGACCAGCACUCAUGUUCACAGUGCAAAUGGUCUGGAUGGCAUCUCUCUCCAGUGUUUAUCAGUGUUUAUCUGUGAAACUGCUCUCCGAUAAUAUGAAAAUUAUAAACCAAGCUUCUGUUUUGAAUUCCUCUUGUAUGUUUUCUGACUACCAGUAGACAAUCUUCAUUCUCAUGGGAUUCUAACAAUGGGCAUAAUCAUCUUUGUAGAGUUUUUUUUUUAUUGUCUUUUGCUAUUGUCUAACGCAUAAAAAAAUCACUACCACUUUUGGAUAAAUCGA